AUGGAGACGGCGACGGAAGUAGCGGCGGUUGUUUCUUCUCCGGCGACUGCGGUUGGGUCGGCGGCGACGAGGAAGAGAGAGAAGCCGUAUAAAGGGAUAAGGAUGAGGAAGUGGGGGAAGUGGGUGGCGGAGAUUAGAGAGCCUAAUAAACGGUCAAGGAUCUGGCUUGGCUCUUACUCAACUCCUGAGGCGGCGGCUAGAGCUUACGACACGGCGGUGUUCUAUCUCCGAGGUCCAUCAGCUCGGCUUAACUUCCCGGAGCUUUUAGCCGGCGUUACGGUGGCGGGAGGAGGAGGACACGGUGGUGGGGAUAUGUCGGCGGCGUAUAUAAGGAGAAAAGCGGCGGAGGUUGGAGCUCAAGUGGAUGCGUUAGAAGCGGCGGGAGGGAAUCGUCAUCACCAUCAUCAUCAUCAACGUGUUAAUCAUGAUUACGUCGAUGAUGAUCAUAACGUUAAUCACAGUGAUUAUCGUCUUAAUGAUGGUGACCAUAUCGAGUGUAGUAGUAAGGAAGAGUUUAAGAAGUGUAACGAGUGGGAACGGGUUGAUUUGAACAAAUUACCCGAUCCGGAAACUUCAGAUGACGAUUAA